CGCAGUAGGUGAUGCACAGCGCAAAACAAGGGAAUUACCAAAUACUAGCCCUUUAUUUUUCCCGAGAGGUUAAUAAAGGUUUUUUUUUUCCUAUAUAUAUUUACUUAUCAGUAUAAAGACUCUGUACAUCAACUGUGAGGGUCAUGAUGAAACAAUACUUUUAAUCGAGACAUGUGCUGGAGAGGUAAGUGAUAAGGUCUACUGGUUAGUUCUCAAACUCAUUAAUUACAUGCAAGAAUUUAUCAGCCAAUGCGAACAACUAUUUGGUCACAUAUUAUUUUUCACAAAAAAUGAUAAAACACUAGUGACAGGUUUGGAUAUGAUAUGUAAUCGCUAGAGGAAUUUGAAACAAAAAAUGCUUCAGUCGACACGGGGGGGGGGGGGGGAGGGUACUGCCAUAUAUGGGCUAUAUAGGUAUGUGCCGCUGUGAAGGGUAUGGUUUUCAAGCACUCUACUCUAGGACAGGGUAUAUAAAUCAGAGCGUUUGGGUCGGGUCUAGAAUAUCAUUUAACAGGAAACUGUUGAGUUGGUUGAUUUUAUCUAGACUAGGGAUUGUGGUAUAAGGUUUUGUUUUGGCUAGACUACUUUGCUAGUGACCUCAGAUGUUUCUGGAAAACAGCUACUCUAGGAUAGGGGUUUAAUUUGGGGAGUUUACUGUAGUAUAGGAUAGCAAAAUUCAGCCAAACUAACUCUGGUAUAAGUUAAGGGAUCCAGGAUCCCAGCGGCACAUCCCCGCUCAGAAAUUCCUAAAAUACCCCCCUCGGGGGUCGACACUCCCAGAGUGGAGCGACCAUUGGCCGAUACUCGACCGCUACAUUGACCUGGGCCGAGUUGUUCAAAGCCGGGUUAAGGUAACGUAGGGUUAGUGCGAGAUUUGAAUUCAGAUUUGAAAGCUUAAAAAGCAUUUCAGUUUUAAUUUUUUUUUGUCUACAAGUUGAUGAUUGAAAGCUCUAAAUAUAACAGAGAAAAUUAUCCGAGAAAAUACUUUUUGAACACAAGAAAGAGACCUGGUGUGUAACCAUGCUCGUACGAUCUACCUUCUAGUAGGCCACAGUCGACAAGACCUUCAACGACUCAUUUACAUCUAUCUGAUACUCUUGAGCCUGGGUAUGUUACGUGAAUAAUAACUGGUACUCAAGGCCAGAGUCACUCCCUGGCAAUAUUUAACUUUGCUAAGAUGACAAGACUUGAUAAGGCCAAAUCCGAGCUGUCCAAGGCUGAUAAGUUUAAAGCUCAAAGAUUGCCAUACUCUGAUUGACUUUUAGCCACAUGUUCACCCGUUUUGUUGUUGUUUUGUUUUUUGUGUCGUUUUUUGUGUUUCUUUUUUUUCAUACAACAGAUCAUUGGUGUAUUUGCAAGCAUGAGCUGGAGCGAACGAAAGAGUGGGCAAAAGAGCCUAUCUUACUUUGGGACUGGGGAAACUUUUGUGUUUCGCUUAAGUCCAAACCCUCAGAGGUAUUUUUGGAGUGGACUACGGAAGCAUAGAUCAGAAUCAAAAACAAGAGAUUUGUUCAUGGCUGGAGACGACAAAUGUCUUAUGGUGGGAGGAAGGUAUGUAGGUUUACAGGAACAAACUUAAAAAGCAACAGAUAAGUUCGAAUUUAACCAUUGGUUAAGAAUGGGAAGAGAGAACUUGAAUUGGCUAGCCAUACCAGUUCAUUGGUCUGUUGUCAAGAUCUAUUCUAGCAAGUCAAUCACAAAGGAGCAGACUGUUAAUUAAUUGACCGAUUUGGAAAGAAAGUUCUGGUAAACAACAUUUCCAUCGGUGUCUGCACUAAAAGUGGUUAUCAAAUGAAAGUAGAGGUGGUGUCUCAACUUUGUCUACUAUAACAAUGGAUAAUUUCAUUGGAUAAAAUCCGCCAUUUUGGGCUUGAAAUGAGUGAGAGAGUUUAAGACGUGGCCAUCGUAUCUAUAAAACGUUUGAGGAGUAAUCCCUUUCUCACACUCCUUACUUUAAGGCAAGAAGUCAAGUAUAAACCAGGGUAGCAAAUGUACUUUGUUAAAAGAGCCUUUGGUGCUUUAUGGCAUAUUACGUGUAUGUUUUGAAAGAUUUUAAAAUUAGGUGGCCAGUUGCUUAUUUUUCCCGUUCGUUUCCUACUCAUUGUAUUGUCUGCACUUUGUAUAAUUUCAACACAUGGCAUUGUCAGCAUACUCCGUGCCCCCUCGCAACUGUUCCCUUGAGACGUCUCACUUUUUAUAUUGUGUUUAUUCUUCCUCACCUAUUACACUUGUGACCUUCGAGGUCACAUAGCAGAAACAGAAAGUGGUGUAACUCCCAUAUCAGUUUCCGUAACCACGCUCUCUUUACUCUAGCGUACAGCCUGAAUAAAUCUGCACGAGUUUUCUUGUAUAUUCUAUUUUUCUUUCGCGUUCACUUGCUAUAAUUCCUACCCCACACUUGAGUCGUGCUCGGGGGGGGGGGGGGGGGUCCUAAACACACCCCUUUUCCAGUCUUCGGACGGUUUCCUGACUCGACUCAACUGUGGGGUUCCUUCCCCGCAUCCCUCUUUCGCAGGGUCUUUCCUUCUUUUUAUCUCCUCCCAUUCGGAUUUCUCAAACCGGGUUACACAUGCUGCAGGUCACCCUUCAGCUUUUGUUUGGCGUAACUGGGAGGGAAAGCCCCACAGUUGGGCCGGGCCACUCUCCUCAAUUGAAUCCGUCACAUCUGGGAAGCAUUACGCCAACGCUGACCAAAGGGAGUUUCUCUGAGUUUUUCUGAGUUUCGGGGAGAUUUGGCUAAGUAUUCUGCAAUAAUUUACCGUCUUUUGGAUGAGUCUAAAGCACCCCUGCCUCGGGCAAAAUUUUUCACCCAUAACUUAUCCAUCAAAAGCAAGAGACUAUAAAGGGGACAGAGAGGGCAUCCUCCAUAUACACCCUAUUCCAUAGGUAAUUCGUCUCGAGUUAUUUUUAGAAUCGGGAAAAAGUUACCCCGCGCGAGGCGUGGAUGUUUCGUGGAGGUUUCGCAUGACCAAACGCCGUGCAAAACAUGUCGGGUGAGAGGCAAUGAAAGCGUAAAAAGAUCGAGAGCAUUCCUGAAUAUUGAAGCGAAAUGAGUCGGCGCUCACGUGGGAAAAAGGAAUCGCUGGACUCUUUGACAACCCGUGAAAUCAGUUUAACUCGAAGUUGUCGUAACCUCAGUGCUUUAAUAAAAUGAGAAAUUUCGCCGGUCUAUUGUUCAGGUGCAACUCUAAAUCUUAAAUGUCGAUAAACGGCUUCUAAAUGGCUUUAGAAGCAAAGAAACAGUAAAUAACAAACCAAAAACACAAGUUGAGUCAUUUUUAUUUCUAUUUUUGUAAAAAAAAAAAAUGGAAGUUAGGAUAUAUUUUGUUCAUUUUCAUACAUUCUCUUAUAAAAUUCAAAGUCUCCAACAGAGCCUGGGCCGCCUGUGGAAGGCUCAGACUGUUUAGCGCGUUUUGUAUUUUGGCCGGGAUUUGAUUCAGACUGUCUUGUUGUCAUUAUUUGAAGUCUUUAUUUUCUCAGUGCCCUCCAAAGUGAUAAUAACAGUAAUAGAGUUAAUGUUUUUGGGCGUAAACAUGUUUUGGGCCCCUAUCAGAGCUCAUUUUAACUCUCGCCUAGCGGCUUGGGCUAAAAUGAGACUGAACCGGGCCCAAAACAUCUUUUCUCAGGACUAAAGAAAUCGGUAAAGCCUAGCUUGACUCGCAUACUAAAAGCCAAUUUCACAUUUUUUAUCUUGUCGCUUCUCAUUCAUUCCCGGUGAGCAAAUCCCGGACCCACUCAAGUAAAUUAAGGCAUGGGCCUCAAUUUGUCUCAAUUUGCAAACUUCAAACGUGAGGGGGUGGUCUAUAUCUAAGAGCUUUAGAUGUAGACACAUAAAACUUUGCCACCUGCACACAUUUUUAGUUUGUGCCAAUUUCGUGCUUUAAAAUUAUGCAACUUAGGUCACGUGACCUCCAUCGGCUGAAAAAGCUUGUUCUUGAAAUGGCAACAUUUUAUCGUGUGUCCUCAAUUAUUUUGCCGGUUGCAUAAUGUUAAUACCAAUUAAUAUAUCACUUCUGUGCUUGGCCUUUUUUAGAUAUUUAAAAGCGAAGGCGUUAAGAUGGGAUAAAAUUGCCUUGGGGGACUGGGUUUGAAAAAAUCGUUGAUUUUCUAAAACAGUAAAAAAUUCCAAAAAGGCCAAGCACAGUUUUGUAGAUGCUUGCAUUACACAUUGUCCUAAACCACUUCGGUUUAAUAACUCACAACAAAAAGUGUUGCCAUUUUGCUUAAAGACUUUUUAUUGUUUUUCUGACAGUGUGGGAGUUACGUGACAACAUUUGCUUAAUUGAAAAACACCAAAUUGAUACAUACACACAUCUUUCUAAUGCUUAAGCGCUCAGAGAUAGACCACCCCCCCAUCACUUUUUGACUAAAUCAUUUGGGGCCCAUGCCUUAAUUUACCUUAGCAGUGUUCCAAUUCCCUCUUUCAUGGCAAAACCAGUCAAAUACCAGUUCCCAUUUCUAUCCUUUCAGGGAUCUCACCAAUGGAAACAAGUGUAAACGUUUAAGAUGUUGUCAUUACUUUUUUCAGUGGUUGCGAUCAUGCCAUUUGGCUGGAUGAUGAACUCAAGCGAGGACAGAGUGGUCCCACCGAGACAUUUGGUAAUGUGCAGCUCACAGAAGACAAGGAUUUUGUCUGCAAUAGAGUUGAGGUGUUGGGUUUUGUCACAGAAAAUUAA